AUGAGUGCCAAAGUCACCCGGCGAGGAGGUAAGAAGUCGAGGGGAGGUUGCUCCAGGUGCAAGCAGCAGCACUUGAAAUGCGACGAGCAAAGACCCGCCUGCGGCAGAUGUACGCGCCUGGGUGUGACAUGCCCUGGCUAUUCACAGUCGCUCAAAUGGUCCACAAAACACGAAGUAAACACGCCUACACCAGGCCAAGACGCUCAAGAUGACGAGGACGAGCAACCUUCAUAUACGACGAUUCAGCAAGAUUCCUUGCCACAAGCAGAAACUGCGGCUUUUUUGGAUUGGUCGGACCCGUCCUUUUCGCUGGAUCAACUGGCUACGUCUGAUCAGCAGCAGGAUGAUUUCACCGCGUUCGUCUUCCCUGGUCCGACAUUUGAGGCAUUUUCUCCCUCCAAUCAGACUUCAUUGGACAUAGACCAUCUGCUAUCGACAGCCGAGCAUAGUGCCACCGGGAUGGAACUAUCAACGACGCAGCGGCAACCUCGCCGUAAUAACGCACAGUCGAUGCUACGUUCUCUUGGAGCGAGGAUGCCAAGGUCUGCCUAUCAGGUCCACAGGUCUCUCAGAGACGAGCCAUAUGAACUGCUGUCGUACUACUUCAAGGUCGUGCCUCAAGUCUACUCUAUGUUCGACAGUGAGCGAAACCCAUUCCGAUCGGCAGUGUCGAAGUCCUUCGGCCAUUCACUGGCAGUCAACCUUGCUGCACAGAGCAUGGCUGCCUCGUACCUCGUGGAGAUCAAUCCAAAAUUCGCCACUAUCGGAGCGAAGCUAAGACAGCAAGCGCUUGAGGCGGUACAGAACGAGGGCGGGCAAGACUUCCAUGUUAUCCUGGCAUUGAUGAUGUCUGGGCCAACCGGCAAUUGGCAUCAACCACGAGAACUAGGAUUGACGGCCUACAAGGCUCUGAGAGAGCAUCUCGAAGCUAUGAUUGGGUCUGGCACUAUCGACGACAGCUAUAGCUUCUUUCAACAGGCGAUGGUCCAUUGGGAGAUGUACCUUGCCUAUGCAGCUGAUCCGGAGGCCAUACAACCAAGUCAGACUCUUAUGCUACCUGCGCCAUAUCUAGCCUCUCAACAGUCCGCCCACCCCUGGACUGGAGUUGCGCCAGAGACGUCAGCACUCGUUGGAUCGAUUGGCAGGCUUGUGCGAAAGAACAGACUACUUUGCCUCAACCAGCAGUUUGUCACGCAAUCUCAUAUCCAGCAGAUGGCUCAAGACCUGACCACGGCGCGGGCUUUGGAGGCUCAGUUGUUAGCUUGCCAGCAUCCCGACCCAGAGGACGUAGCGAGUACUGGAGACAAGUCGACUCCAACGUGGCACUUAACGGCCAUUGCAGAUCUUCAUCGAUACAUUGGCCUUCUUCAGCUGUAUCGUGUCUUUCCGGAUCUACUAUCGGAUCGUCUUGCUCAAGAUAGUGAUGUUGAUGCUCUGAUUGCCGGCUCAGAACCCGUCCCAGCGACCCAAGCCCAACGAAACGGGUGGCUCACUUCAUUUGCAUUGGAAGGGCUCAAAUUGCUCGAAAGCAUCCCACCAGAAUCCGGUACGAAAGAUUUUCAGGCGUUCUUGCUUGUGGCUCUCGCUAGUGAACUUGCUUGCGAAACCAAACCGACAUCGUCGAUGGACAUCAUCAACCAGUCAUCGUCCUUAGAAGAUACACUCAUCACGAAGGAGCUAGACGUAAACAUCAUGCGCAAAUUUGUGCUCGACAGACUCCACGCCUUACUCGGAGCAAUACCACCAAAACCCAUCCGAGUCUGUCUCGACAUCGUCAAGGAGACCUGGAGAAACAUAGACAAUGGGCAGCAAAAUGUGUAUUGGCUUGACGUUGUCAUUCAAAACGGCUGGGAAACGAUUCUUGCAUGA